AUGUCCAAACGUGUGACAAGUGUCAGACCUGAAAUCUUGCAUCGUCUUUUGAGUGAUUUUACCCUGCCAGUGAAAACUGAGGUGAACAGUCUUUCGGGGAAAAAAAGACAACGAAGCCCCAGGCAAUCUAAGUUGGGUGAGGAAACAGGUAGCCCUGAAGAAACAAAACGAGCAAAAUCUACUCUCAAUCUAUCUAGCCCUGAAUCUGACUCUGACUCCCAUACCCCAACUAAAUUGUCUCCUAGAUCGUACAGCCAGAACUCAAUUCUCUCAAGUGCUCCGAGUCCUCCAUCCCCACUUGCAUCAGUGAAAAUUCCAGACUUUACUACUCAAACCCUGGCUCAAUCAUUCACUUGGCUGGCAGAGCAGUUGAUUUUGUCGAGAAAAAAUGAUGCUGAACGAGAGGAGCGCCUAAAUAAGGUAGUGACUGAUGGUCUCAAAGAGGUCAACGAGAAAAUUGGAAGAAUAAAUACGAAAGUCAAUUUUCUGGCUGGCAAACACGACAAAAUUGAAAAAAAAAUAAAAAAAUUGGGAAAUGCUGACUCUAAUGUUGCUAGCCUAGAGGAGCAUCCUGUCAUCGCUCAGAUACUCAACAGAGUCUCCGAAUUGGAGAAGCCUCUGCCUAAUCAUGCUGAGGACCCUAGACUUCGUGAGGAGAUCAAUCGAAUAUCUGCUACACUGGAUUCACAAAUCAGCUUCAUCCGUAGGAACAAUGUCAUCAUCAGCGGCUUUGAAACUGCAUCACCAGACGUGAUCGAGAAGGCGAACCACUUCCUUGCCACCACAUUUAAACUUCAGCCUACAUGUGGCGAUUUCAACUGCAGAAUUGCGGAUCUGGAUAAAUUUGUGGACCAGGAAUUGAUCAGGGCUUCUAUGCUCUCUAGCUAUAGAAUUUCGAGGGACCAGGGAACGCCUUCCCACAAAAUCAAGAGGAAAAUGUUGCUGGAGUUCAUACUGGACAAUGGGUUUGUCCUCAUGAAUGGACGAUCACCUGGAGACGAAGAGGGGAAUUUCACAUUCUGCGGAGCACAGGGCUUGAGUACGGUUGACCUAGUUUGGGGUAAUCAACAGGCGAUACGCAUAGUGCACUCCAUGACUAUCAACGAUUUUUCCUUCAACUCUGACCACUUUCCAGUGUCCGCAUCGGUCAAGUUCAGGGGUUACUCCGGACGGCCUACAUGGAAUAACCAACCAGAAAUAGUGGAUUCAUCCGGAAAUUCAGAACUACUGAACACUUGCAUUAUCGAGGCUGCAGCCCAUGCUGGAAUGACAUCUGCACGAAACACAGCCGCCCUGCCAGGCAUUCAGCCCAGACGCAAGCCUUGGGAAGACAGCGAAUACAGAGUUAAGAAGGCUACAAUGAACAAAUCACAACGAUUACUGAGACGAUCGAGCUACAUGGAUGCUGAUUUGAUUGCCCAGUUUCAUCUGAACAUAUUGGAGUACAGAAAUUGUCGCAGAAACAAAAUAAAGAUACACACCAGGGCAAUAAGAGAUAAAAUUGCGAACGUUAAAAACUCUGCAGUUUUGGAGCACAACGUCACGCACACGGAUCUGGAUCAAAACAUUGAACUGGCAGAAGUGAAACUAGCUAUUAAGUACAGUAAACCUGGCAAGGCACCAGGUCCUUAUGGAAUAACGAAUGAAUUCCUCAAAAAUCUCACAGAGUCUCAUAUCGUUUUUCUCACGUCAAUCUUAAAUCAGGCUUGGAAUACUGGUGUGGUACCUGAAGAGUGGUCGGGAGCAGCUAUCUCCAUGCUGUUCAAGAAACGCAACGCAGAUGACCCCGGGAAUUACCGAGGUAUUGCCCUCAUUAACAACUCGCUCGAACUUUUGACAGGGAUCGUUCAGAAACGUUUAGAGACUUGGAUGGAAUCAUGCAGACUUCUCCCAGAGGAACAAGCAGGGUUUAGAAGUGGUAGGGGAUGUCUAGACCAAACUUUUACCCUCCAUGCAGCGAUAUAG